AUGGCUUUUGAAGCCGAAGUCAUUGUCGUCGGAGCCGGUCCUUCAGGGUGUCUUCUUACCUUACGACUUAUACGACAGGGUAUUCGAGUUGCUCUCAUAGAGCAGGAGGUAGAAAUCCAGCCUCAUUUCCGUGCCUUGGGAUAUCCCGGUUGCACUCAUGCCGCCCUCGAGAAAGCUGGAAUCUGGGAGGAUGUGAAGGGAAAAGGCUUCAUCAAGCGAGGGUUCUCCUGGAGAAGGCUACCUCGUGAUGAUGUGAUGGGUGGAAGCGAAAAGAUUUGGGGGGACUUGAUCGCGACGUGGGAUCCCUAUAUCAACUCUCCCCUUAGGGAUGGUGACGUCGGCCAUGGCAUGCUUGCCCUUCCACAAAACCGAUUUCGUGAGAUCAUUAUGCCUAAGAUUCUCGCCUCAGACUUGGCAGCUGUCUUUUUGGGACAUACUGCUGUUGAGCUCCGGCAAAAUUCGACCUCCGCUACGGUCACUGUGGUGAACUCUGUCGGUUCCGUGACCGAGAUCACUGGGGCGUUCCUCGUGGGGGCCGAUGGCGGCAAGUCAGUGAUUCGAAAGCAGCUCGGAUUACAUCUCAAUGGAUUUACCUGGAACCAAAUUGUGGUUGCGGUGGACAUGCUCAUUAAUCUUCCGCCACCAAAAGAUGGCCCUUCGAGCUUGUAUUAUGUUGACCCGGUUGAUUUCGCAUUUUUCUCUGUCAUUGAGAAGCCUUCUGGCCCGGGGCCAAUUCUCUGGCGUUGCACUCUGAUAAUUAGAGAGGAGGAAUCGCACCCGGACAUGUUUGACAAGACUUUGAAACAGAAGUUGGACAAGUUGACCCCUGGUCCAAGACCCCUUAAGUAUCAGCUUCUGAGAGCGCAGCAGUAUCGUAUACAUCAGAGGAGCAGCGAGACGAUGAAGAAGGGUCGAUGUCUCUUGGUUGGAGAUGCCGCUCAUUUGACCAAUCCGUGGGGAGGCCUUGGACUGACUACAGGAAUCUUGGAUGUUGAUUCUUUGGCGGACGUACUGGAUGGGAUUUUCAAAGGGCAAACAUCCGAAUCGGUUCUCGAUGCAUGGUCUGAUGCUAGGCUGAAUGUGUUCAACAAUAUCGUCAGCCCUACUGCCACUAAGAACUUUAAACGAUGUUAUGAAGUAGACCCCCAACUACCGCUGUUGGACCCCCUUUUCAAGGCGAUUCAUGAGAACAGUGAUGGACUCAAAUGUUUGAACCAGGGUUUGGCGCAACUGGUCACUGAUGUGAAGCUGCUUGUCGCUCAAUGA